AUGAAUAAGUUUUAUAUCCAAUUUGUUUUAUUUCUUUUAACCAUCUCCCUAUAUGUGAAUAAUAAAACCCUUGCAUCUGACCCUGCUCCAGGAACAUCUACAACACCCGAAUCAACACAUCAUUAUCCUACUUCAGAAGUAUAUGAAAAAAACAAGCACCUAUUAAGUACCGAUCCAGAAGAAACUAUAAAUGCGGAAAAACAUAUGGAAGAAAUUGUAGAAUAUUUCUAUAGGCAUGUUAUAGGUGCGUAUGGUUUAAAGGAUAGUCGUGAGAAAAAAAAUAAAUUGGGUUGGAUGUAUGGAUUUAAAAAAAACUAUCAAGACAAUAGAUAUAUUGAAAGAAUACAUUAUCGUCCAUAUUAUGAUUCAAAUCAUCGUCCAAAAUAUAUUCCCAAUAUGCAUGAUCAAAUAACAAGCAUGUUAUGGGAUCCCGAUUGUAAAAAACCUUUCAAUGAUGGCUCUUUUAAAAUUGCCCGUGUGUACAAUCCAAAUUUAGUAAUGAUACAACAACGUUACGGAGGUAGUUCUAUGAACUCUCAGAAAUAUUUUUAUGCUUUAGCUGCAUAUGUUGAAAAAUCAAAAAGAAAAAGUAUGAUUGUCAUGGCUAUAGUAGAUAUAAAUGAUCCCAACCCUUCCAAUAAAGAAUAUAAAGACGCAAUCAUAAAAAACGCAAAUUUAUUAAAAACUACAAUUGAUUCUGAAGAUCAUAUUAGACAAGGAAAAUUAGAAAAACCGUUUGUUAACAUAGCUGGAUAUUUCAUAGAUGAAUUUUCAUCAACUGAUUUUAAUAUCGUCUAUGCCAAAUCUUUUGAUAAAAAUGCUCCCGAUGUUCUCGAUAAUCCCGAUGUUCUCGGUGCUCUCGGUGCUCUCAAUUGUUCCAAAGCUUCCUAUUCUCUCGAUGUUUCCGGUAUUACCGAUGCUCUCGAUGGUUCCAAAGCUCCCGCUCCCAAAAAAAAGAGCUGUUUCCUAUGUUGUUAA